UUUACAACAAAAGAUGGUAAAACUGGUCAGAGCUUCGUUUUGGAUGCCUUCUGUCCUCAUUUAGGAGCUCAUUUAGGGGUGAAAAGUAAAGUAUACGGUGAUUGCGUGCAAUGCCCCUUUCACGGUUGGUUAUUUUCUGGUAAAGAUGGUUCCUGUCAGAAAAUACCUUAUACUGAUAAAGUUCCGGAAUUUGCUAAAGUUAAAACCUGGACUUCAAUUGAACAGAAUGGUUUUAUAUACGUUUGGCAUCACGCCGAAGGUCACUCACCAUCAUGGAAACCUCCCAUUAUUCCAGAGAUCGAGCAAGGAUUGUGGAGUUAUAAAGGUCGUACGCAAUAUACAGCGAAUUGUCACAUACAAGAAUUACCGGAAAAUGGAGCCGAUAUAAUGCAUUUAGAUAGCAUACAUCAAGCUAGUAUUUUUUCUGGUAGUAAUUUUCAUCCAGAUAACUGGUGGAAUUUUUGUAAACAUAUCUGGUCGUCUUCUUGGAAGGAAGAUUCCGAACCAAAUGAACAUAUGACAACCAUGAAAAUCACUAAUUAUAUAAAAAUUUUUGGAAUCUCUUUACCUUGGUUUUCUGCCUUACUGGAUAUAAAACAGGUAAUCUAA